CGUUUCACGAACAUAACGAGAAGUUCAGUGAAUAAAAAUGAUACUUCUUGAUUAAUUAAGAGUAUAAAUGAAUAGUAAAUUAUUAAAAGAACUUCAUAAUAUUGCUUGUAAUUGUAAUUAUCGCUAUACAAUGAUAAAUUUAACGUUGUCUUCUGGCCAGUUUUUCAUCGCCGAUCUCUAAGUGGAAUCAAUAUAACAAAAUUAUUUUUUUUUAAACCUGCAAAUACAGAUACAGUGUUCGAUUGUUGUUUAGCACGUAUAUAUAUUCCACGUAUAUACAAUCUUCAUAGCUGGAAUUAUCGCUGUAAUCUUGCAAAUCCAUAUCUGACUACGCACACACUAUUUGCGCACAUAGUGUUUGCGAAAGAGAUAAAUGUCAUUAUUCAAACGUUGAUAAUAAAAUAAUUCAACGAAAUACCGAAAGUGACUUUCUUAAAAACAAAUAGUCCGAAUUCUUACUUUCGAUUAGAUUGUCAAUCGAUUUGGAACAACUGUGUUCAAUAUCAUCCGUUAAUGCUACUCCUCUUUGACAUGUCAUCAAAAUGAGUGGAGAGGGAGGUGGUUCAAAAAUAUCCACGGAAUUCAAAAAGCCUAGAUUGGCACUUAGAUUAGCUACAGAAGAGAUUGAUCUGAAACUGGACCUGUUGCAUCAGCCAUGGACUGUUGAAUCAGUAUUGGAAUUACUUAAGUUGGACAUUGAUUGUUUGGAAGAGCUUUUUGAAUGGUUGUCACAAGCCGAUCUGUUGCUACUCCGUAAAACGUGUAAGCGAUUGAAAGGAAGUGUCGAUCAUUACAUCAAAACCAACUGGCCGAAAUUUGCAGAAUUUCAAAUAUGUGACGCACGGAGCUUUGAUAUGUUUCGCCGAAUGGACAUUACUACCAUCAAGUUGAUCAAGAAUCUUGUAGUGGUCGUACGAAAAAAUGAUCAAUAUCAAUUUGAGGACAUUAAAACAGCGCUCAACAAUGUCGAAAGAAUUGCCAUAGUCAAAUGUGAAAUUAGUUGCGAUUUCUAUGAAGUUUUUCUAAAACAUUGCAAAAAUUUAAAGUGUCUAACUGUCGAUGUGAGCGGCCAAGACAUUUUAAUUGGUAGUUCAAAUGAUUGGUUGCUUCGUGAGUAUCAAACGCUUGAACACAUCAUAUUCAAUGAACGAAAUUUAAUGCGAUCGCCAAGUGAAAUUGAAAAACUUAAAACCUUCUUCCGUUUGAAUACGAAUGUACAGAGCAUAUGGGAGACAUUUGAUGAUGCACCUUUUUUAACUGAUAUCGACAUCACAUUCGAUCAAUUGCGCAUUCGCUUUUAUAUAAAACAAAUUUGAUCCGACGGCGAAGAUUACUUGGUGAAAUUGGCACGAGUCCAUCAGAAAGGAUUGUAUAAGCGUUUGCAUAUAUUCAUCGAUGAUUGUUCUAAUGAGAGAUGGGCUAGUAAUUAUGGAGAUGGACUCGUGAAUAUUGGACUAGAACAGUUGGCUUCAGAUGGAUGCAUGGACUUCCCACAUCCACUGCCAUAUUUCAAAGAGUUGACAGUUCUUCAUUGUGAAAAUCCAAAAUAUUUGGAAAAAGUUCGAAAUAUUGAAUGGUUGUAUAUUGUGGAAUGCGGUCCGAAUGCUAUUGCAUCGUUCACCAGCUACUUACCGAAAUUAAAACAUUUUCGCACCGGUGGAUUUGAUAAUGCAGAUGAAGAAACCAUUCUUAAUUUACUUGCGCUGAAUAAAGAACGCGCUAAAUUAGCCGGAGCAUGUAAGACGACGAUUUAUGUUCCGGAGAAAAUUUUCUUAGCAACCAAGUGGGCCAAAACAAAAACCGAUUUCAAUUUGAUCGAAUUGAAACGCCACCAAGCAUCACCUGGCAUAACUGAUGUGUGUCUCUUGGAAUUUUGAAUAGAAGCUGCAGAAGAUUCAAUACGAAAAAAGUACCGAUGAAAAUGGAAGAAAAUAAAUAAAUCGAUUUUCAAUCUAAAUACUUGUGUUUCGAUUUUUUCUUUGUAAAUAGAUUUUGAUUAGAUUUUUUCUUUUGACAGACAUGUACGUAAUAUAUUUUGAGUUUUUCUGUCAAUGGCAUCUAUUGCUUGUUUUCAAUGGGGGUAAAAC